CCACUUUUGCACCAACUCAACGAUGCGCCUCAUCAUCCAGAAGAACGCGGCCGAGGUCGGCGACUGGGUCGCCAGCUACGUGCGCCAGCGCAUCAACGCGUUCGCGCCGACGGCCGAGCGUCCGUUCGUGAUCGGCCUCCCGACCGGGUCGUCGCCGCUUACGACGUACAAGAAGCUCGUGCAGUACCACAAGGAAGGCAAGCUCAGCUUCGAGCACGUGGUGACGUUCAACAUGGACGAGUACGUCGGGUUGCCCGAGGACCACCCGGAAUCGUACCAUUCGUUCAUGUGGACCAACCUCUUCCAGCACAUUGACAUCAAGCGCGAGAACGUCCAUAUUCUCAACGGCAACGCGCCCGACCUCGAGCAAGAAUGCAUCGCGUACGAAGCCAAGAUCGCGGCGUUCGGCGGCAUCGAGCUCUUCCUCGGCGGCAUCGGCCCCGACGGCCACAUUGCGUUCAACGAGCCGGGCUCGUCGCUCGUGUCCCGGACGCGCGUCAAGACGCUUGCGUACGACACGAUCGUCGCCAACUCGCGCUUCUUUGGCGGCGACAUCAACACGGUGCCCAAGAUGGCGCUGACGGUCGGCGUCGGCACCGUCAUGGACGCGCGCGAGGUGCUUGUGCUCAUCACGGGCCACUCCAAGGCGUACGCUCUCUACAAGGUCAUCGAAGAGGGCGUGAACCACAUGUGGACUGUCUCGGCCAUCCAGAUGCACAACAAAUCGGUCAUUGUCUGUGACGAAGACGCGACGCUGGAGCUCAAGGUCAAGACCGUCAAGUACUUCAAGGGCCUCCACGAGACGCACGAGCGCAUGAUCAAGGACCACCCGUAAUCUGUCUGACUGUACUUUAACACUACCCAACUUGCUGCUGUCAAUUUUUUCCACCCUACAAUUCGACGCCAGUUCGCC